UCCAUCGCAUCUCCUUAUUUCUUAAAAUGCAAUUUAACUUAUUUAGACAAUCAAUACUCGGACUUGUCUACUGUUACUUUCCCUUCCUCACAUGGCUUCCCUUUCUCAGUUUCUUCUCUUUUUCUCUUUCCUUUUCUGCCUGAAAAACACGUUUCCCGUUCUGGGUUUUCAAUCAAAUUUUGCUUUGUUUCCUGUUGCAAAAGAUGCAGCAACUCUUCAGUAUGUUGCAAGGAUCUCUCAUGGCGCUCCUUUGGGAUCCACUGACCUUGUGGUUGAUCUUGGCGGUUCGUUUCUUUGGAUGGAUUGCAAUUCCGGACACGUGUCUUCAUCAUACAGGUUGAUCUCAAGCUGCUCGGUCAACUGCUCUAGAGCAAAGUUCCAUGAUCUUGGAAGCACGAGUUGUCUAUUAAACACCAACUGUUAUGUGUCCCCUUACAAUGGCGUAACAGGAUCGACUUCAAUGGGGGAACUAGUGGAGGAUGUCAUAGCCGUUGAUUCUGUUGACCCUUCAGAUGUAGGCCAAAGCACAACCGUGGAUCACUUUCUGUUUGCUUGUGCAUCGACGUUUCAUUUACAAGGCUUAGCAAGUGGGGCCAAGGGAAUGAUGGGUUUAGGGAAAGCUUCGAUUUCGUUGCCAUCACAACUGAGUUCUUCAAUUGGACACCCUCAGAAGUUUAGUGUUUGUUUAUCAUCGUCAACCGGUGUCCUAUUAACCGGCAGUGGAGACACCGUUUUCGGCACCAAAAUAGCAAGGUCACUAGCAUACACACCCCUCAUCACCAAACAAAAUGACUACUUCAUUAAUGUUCAAUCCAUCAAGAUCAAUGGAAGGAGAUUAGCAGUCCAUGAACAAGGCAAAUUAGAAGCAAAAUUAAGCACAGUUGUGCCUUACACCACAAUGGUAAGCUCGGUUUAUGCAAUAUUUUCUAAAGCUUAUGUUGAGGCUGCCACUAAGAUGAAUAUGACUAGAGUGGAAAGUGUGGCUCCAUUCGGACUCUGCUUUAGUUCUAAAGGGCCAUUGGUGCCUGAAAUUGAUCUAGUUUUGCAAAGUGAGAUGGUGAAGUGGAGAAUUCAAGGUAGGAAUUCAAUGGUGAAAGUGAGCGAAGAGAGCAUGUGCUUGGGGUUUUUGGAUGGAGGGUUGGAGCAAAGUAGCCCAAUUGUACUAGGAGGGCUUCAAAUGGAGGAUAACCUUUUGGAGUUUGAUAUUGGGAGUUCCAUGUUAGGAUUUAGCUCUUCUUUGUUGUUGAAGGAAACAACGUGUUCUUCAUCCUUACAGGAUUCCACGCUGAAGCAAUUUUUCUGAUUUAUCUUUAUCCUUUUUCUUUUUUUCUCCCUUUUCUUUUCUGUUUGUGUAAAGGCAAGUUUGAUGGAUGCAAUUUGUAAAGCAUCAUUACUAGUAAUAUGAGGAGAGGCACUAUAGCUUUGAAUUUUAAA